UCCUCGCUCGGAGGAAAGUCCGGCUGUGCGCGCUGGCGGCGAGAUAAAGGCAGGGGCAGAGCCGGCUGGGGAGCGAGGCGGAUCUGUGCUCUCCGAGCUGGGGCGGUCCCUGGGUGCUCGCAGCCGCAGCUCUCCGGCGCGGCGCCCCUCGCUGCUGCAGCCCAGCGCCCGGCUGGAAAGUUGGGUCCCGCGGGGGAAGUUCCCGGCGGGUGCGGAGCCCGGCAGCAUGGGGCGCGCGUGUGGCUACAGGCAGGGCUGAUCCCCCUCCAACCCGCCCCGGCAGGCAUGGAGAGGCGCCCGCCCGGGGCGUGAAGGAGCCGCUGGGGGGGCUUGCAGAUGGCUCGCCCGGAGGUGGCCGCGGGAAGGGAGAGUUAACGGGGGAGCAGCCUCUUGGAGCAGCGCCCGGGACAUCCCUCCCCACCACCACCAUGGGCCCCGUGGGGUUUGCGGCCAGGACCAGUUUGCGGCUCUGCUCCGCGGCCAGCCUGCUGCUGGGAGCGCUGCUUUGCGAAGUGACAGAUUGUCGAGGGAGCUUGGACAAUAUACAGAGAUUUUCUUCUUUACCAACAUAUCUACCUGUGAGCUAUCGGAUCUUCAGUGCUGAGACUUCCUUUUUUCUUAAAGAAGCCAAUCAGGAUUUCAUGAGAAACUCCAGUUUGCAAUCCCGGGUGGAGUCCUUUUUUCCAUAUAAAGCCAAGAGGCCACCUGUAUUAAAUGCCAGCUAUGGACCUUUUUCCGUUGAACAAGCAGUGCCCCAUGACCUACUGUUAACCUCAAACUUUUUUGGAUCCACCAGCAAGUUUACUUUUAACUGGAGACUUAAAGCCUGCAUCAUGAGCGACAAAAUUUACCUAAGCAAGCCCAAAGUCCAGAUCCUGUUCUACGUUGUGGGCAGGGACUGGGAUGACUACAGUACCACGGAGAGGCUGCCUUGCCUGCGGGUGUUUGCCUUCCGCGAGACGAGGGAAGUCCGAGGCAGCUGCCGGCUGAAGGGGGAUCUGGGAUUGUGCGUGGCCGAGCUGGAACUCCUGCUGAGCUGGUUUAACCCCCCCACGGUGGUGUCCGGCCGCAAGAAAGCGACGGAUCAGUCUGAAGGGAGCCCUGUGGAACUGUACUACACCAUCCAGCCGGGGGACGAGACUGGGGAGUGCACCACUGAGGAUGUGCGGAAGGGGAAUGCCAUCCGGCCAGGGAAAGAUGGUACGGACGAGACCAUGUCCCACUUGCAGAGGAUUGGCUCUGUGAGCCUCUAUCGAGCCCCGGAGAGUUCUCAGCUGACAGAGCUGAGGCUGGACAGUAAUGUUGUCAUCUGGCUGCCAUCGAAGCCGGUCAAGCAAGGAGAAGUUGUGAAUGUCUUUGUGACUCUCGCUAACAAUUCCACGGUGGAACAGUUCGUACUGAGGGCCAAGGUGAAGAAGGGCGUGAAUAUUCUGAGCGCGAAGACAAGCGAUCCCCGGCAAUGGGACGUGAAGCAGGAGGUGGGGAAUGGUGGAAAACAUUCAACCACGACCGUUAGCUGUCAAAGGAUAGCACCAAAUUCAAGGAACAGAAGUAACAGUUUAUUCAGUGAAGUCGUGCAGAUGAACUUUGAAAUAGCCAGUUUCAGCAGUCUUUCCGGAACGCAGCCAAUCACGUGGCAGGUGGAAUACCCUCGGAAGGGGACAACGGACAUAGCCCUCUCUGAAAUCUUCAUCUGCCAGAAGGACCUGGUAGGAAUAGUUCCACUAGCAAUGGACACAGAAAUUCUGAACACCGCGAUUCUCACGGGGAAGACAGUUGCAGUGCCCAUCAAAGUGGUUUCCAUUGAGGAGAACAGCGCCGUGACGGACAUCUCUGAAUCGGUUGAAUGCAAGUCCUCUGAUGAGGAUGUUGUCAAAGUUUCUGACAGAUGUGACUAUGUGUUUGUCAAUGGCAAAGAAAUGAAAGGCCAGGUGGAUGCGAUAGUGAAUUUCACAUAUCAAUAUCUGAGCGCCCCUCUGCAAAUCACAGUCUGGGUUCCACGCCUGCCUCUUCAGAUUGAUAUUUCGGACACGGAGCUAAGCCAAAUAAAAGGCUGGAGAGUCCCCAUUGUCUCCAAUAAGAGACCCACGAGGGACAGUGAUGAUGAGGAUGAAGAUGAGCGGAAGGGAAGAGGCUGUGCGCUCCAGUACCAGCAUGCCAUGGUGCGAGUCCUUACUCAGUUUGUCGCGGAGGACUCUAGCCCUUGGAGUCAGCUGAGCUACUUGCUGGGUUCUGACUGGCAGUUUGACAUUACAGACCUGGUGAUGGAUUUUAUGAAGUUGGAGGAGCCUCACAUUGCCAGGCUACAAGAAGGAAGGAUUUUGAUUGGACAAGAAGUGGGGAUGACAACAAUCCAGGUUUUUUCUCCUCUGUCGGACUCCAUUCUGGCAGAGAAGACGGUGACGGUGCUCGAUGACAAAGUGACCAUAACAGACCUCGGGGUGCAGAUGGUGGCUGGGCUGUCGCUCUUCCUUCAGCCAAGCCCGGCAAAUAACCGAGCUAUUGUGGCUACAACCAUUGCUCAGGAGCUACUUCAUACCCCUAAACAGGAAGCCAUAGUAAGCAUCUGGAUCCAGUUCAGUGACAACUCAGUUACUCCGUUAGACAUUUAUGACCCCAAGGACUUCUCCCUUUCUGCCAUGUCGCUGGACAAAUCUGUUGUCUCAACCCAUCAGAGCACUGCCUGGAAAUGGCCGGUCGUGGCAGCAGAAGGUGAAGGGCAGGGCACAUUGAUCAAAGUAGACAUGAUGAUCUCUGAAGCCUGCCAGAAGUCCAAGAGGAAAAGCAUCUUGGCCACAGGCAACAGCAACAUCAAAGUGAAGUUCGGCCAAAAUGAUGCCAACUCCAACACCGGCGGAGAUUAUGAUGCCGAUGAGAUUGAAAACCAUGCGAGCGACCGGCGGCAAAAGGUGUCAGAUCAAGAGCGGUACGGGCAAGAUGGGCGAUACUAUGGGAGCUCUUCGGCAGAGCGAGAGGAAAGUACCGUCAGAAAAGUCAGUACCACUGCAAAGUCAAUGCUCAAAAACAAAGUCUUGAAAAACAAUAGGCUGGAUGGAAGCAAACUCUCGGAUGAUGGCCAGCUGCAGAACAUUCCCAUAGAUUUCACCAACUUCCCUGCUCAAGUAGACCUCCCGAAAAGCAAUGGGGGCAUGGAGGAGAAUGACCUAGUGCAGACGCCCAGAGGCCUUAGUGAUUUGGAAAUUGGGAUGUACGCUCUGCUGGGGGUCUUCUGCCUGGCAAUUCUUGUCUUCCUAAUAAACUGUGCAACGUUUGCAUUGAAAUACCGGCACAAGCAGGUUCCAGUGGAAGGGCAAGCCACCAUGACCCACUCCCACGACUGGGUCUGGCUCGGAAAUGAGGCGGAGCUGCUGGAGAAUACAGCCGACGUGUCACCUCAGCAGGACGAGCACACCACUAUUAUAGACCGAGGGAUGGGCCAUGAGGAAAGCAACCACCUCCUCAAUGGUGGCACUCAAAAGAACAUUCAGAGCCAGAUCCAUAGGUCUGCUGACUCAGGGGGGAAGCCAGGGAAAGAGCAGAAAACGGAACCUUUGCAUUCCCCCACAUCCAAACGAAAGCGGGUAAAAUUCACAACCUUCACCACCAUCCCACCCGAUGAUGGUUGUCCCACCGUCAACUCUAUCCUAAGUAGCAAUGAUGACGAUAUUAAAUGGGUGUGCCAGGAUAUGGACCUCGGGGACUCCAAAGAGAUAAAAAACUACAUGGAGAAGUUCAAAGACAAAGUGUAGCUCCUGUCUGGUUUUCUGGGUUUAACCACACCUUGAUGCCUUCAGUUCUACAGUAUAUAUUGGGAGGCACUGAAAAGAGGAGAAGGAGGGGAUCAGUAGGGGGAAAAAAUCGACAACAAGAAGAAGGCAGUUUCUGUAAUCAGGGAAAGAAAUUUGUCAAACUGUCCAUGGCUUUGGGUUUGUUCGUUUGUUUGUUUCUCUCCAACAGCUGCUCGUUGAUUUGGGCAGUCAAUGGAAUGCAAAUCGCAAAAGGGAGUAAGGAAACAGAUUAACCAAUACGAUGAACUGGGCACGGUGAGGUUGUGAAAUUUAUCUGAUGGGUCAAAAUAAUAACAACAAUAUUACAGACAAGGUACCAAAAAAAUUUGUUUAAAAAAAAAAA